AUGGGACUGGUCAACUCUGUUCUUGGAAGAAACAUCACCUUUGUUCGUCCUCCAUAUUUCAUAUUAACUGGAUUUUCUGGCAUACCUCAUAUGAACUAUUACUAUGUCUUUCUCUUUUUUGUUUAUAUUGUGUCAGUGUUGAGAAACACAGCUGUGAUGGCUGUAAUAUUGUUGGACCAAAAUCUAAGAACUCCAAAAUAUGUUGCAGUUUUUAAUCUUGCAUGGACAGACCUGCUUGGUAGCACUGCUCAGGUACCAAAGGUUCUUGACAUCUUUCUGUUUAAUCACCACAUCAUCUCCUAUAAUGACUGUAUGACAUUUCUUUUUUUCUGCUACAUGUGUCUUUCUAUGCAGGCUCUUAAUCUGGUUGUUCUUUCCUAUGACAGACUGGUAGUGAUCACCUUCCCACUGCACUAUCACAUGAAGGUCACACACAGGUUCAUGUUUUCUUUGAUUGCGAAAAAAGUAAAAGCUUUUAAAACCUGCAGCGCUCACCUUUCAUUAGUGGCAAUUUAUUUCCUCCCAGUUUUAAUGACAUUUACCUUCAAUAGAUACAUUGAUUCAAAUGGCAGAAUUAUAAACUUGUCUCUGACCUCUGUCAUUCCACCCACAUUAAACCCAUUUGUUUAUGUUCUACAGACACAAGAAAUCAAAAAAUCUGUGACAAGGUUGUUGAAAAUCAAAUGCCUUCGUACAAACUGA